UGAAACACACUGUUGAUUUCCUUCUGUAUGUUCAGACACAGGAACUCCGCUGUGGUUUUUCAUUUUCACGUCAGUUUCUGUGCGGCCGUUUACAGUCGCUCUGGAUGCUGAGAUGGGAAUACACUGCAGUACUUCUCCAAAGACUGUAGACUGUCUGUACGACACCGCCAGCCAUGCAGGCCUGGUUCCUGAUGCCUCCCUGGACGCCUCACUGGCCUCUCUGCUGUCCCUGAACUCCUCCUGGGCUCUGGAGCAGCAGUACUCCACCCUGCAGAGCGCUAUGACCCGGCAGCAGAGGUUUGCCUUCAACCGCGACAUCCACACCCUCUUUGGAAACAACACCACGGUGAGUUAUGGGAGUGUGGGUGUUGUUGCACUUGCUCUCUCAGUCCUGUUUGAGAUGCUAGCCCAUCACCGAACCGCUGGGUUGGGCUCGAGGAGUCCCGAGGACCGCCCCCCAUCUCCAGACCCCAUACGCAGAAUGUUCGGGCCUGACGCCGGGUCGGACAUCAGCUCCAUUGCCAGCGAGUUUCUCAAACAGGUCCCCGGAGCAGCCAAUGACCAGGAGAAGAUGGUGGCACUGCUGGAGAGCGUCGAGCGAAAGCUGCGAUCCGAGCUGAUGGAUUCCUAUGGGAGGAUGGAGCUACUGGAGUGGAGCACUCUCAGCUCUGCCGGGGUAAAGCAAUGGGUGAACGGAGCAGCUCUCCACGUCCACAUCAUCCUUCACUGGAAGCGUCUGACCGACCCAUCAGCUGGAGAGGGCUUACAUCUGGACUACCUGAAUAGUGUUGUUCCGCUGCUCAAGACCUACGAAGAGUAUCUGGUCAAAUCGGUUAAAGUGUUUCCAGCUUUGAGUCCUGGCCCCAGCGGGUUGCUGAUAGUGGAGCCUCUGAGAAAUGUGAGCCAUGGAGUUCAACAUAAAGCCUGCGAACGUAGGGCCAUCCAGCGGACUCUGGUGGAGCGCUUCCUGUCAGACCAGAACCUGCAGAGGGGAAAGGAGUUCUUCCAGAGCUCCCAAAAGCACCAUGAUGCUCUGAUAGCACAGCGAGGUCACUUUCAGCUGAGCAUGGUUUGACAACUAUGACUGAGAGGCUAUUGUUGAUGAUCUGGCCCCGGAUAUUUAGAAUAAAUCAUAACGGCUUAUAUAGAUAAAACUGCACAGCAGUAAGAGGCUUAACAGGUUUGACAUAAGUUAACCUGUCAGGUGACAUAGUAAGGUGCAGUACAAGUACAGGUGUUUCAACUGUUACCCAUACAAUCAGGCUGUUCUCAUACACCAUUCGUAGCUAUACGUACGAAAAGUAACGCACUGUAAUUUGUAUAUAUCCCCCAAAAUCAAUGUGUAUGUAAUCCACGUAAUCGUGAACCAGGAAGUAUAAAGAG